AAAGUCAAUCACCAAGGCUUCCUCUGCUGAUUGGCCCGCAGUGCGAUCAAUCAUCCAUCCAUGCGCAGGCGGAUUGGUCGAAGGGCUCGGGCGGUCUCUGGACCUGGGCUUUGCUCUUGAAAGCUUAACGGAGAGCGAAUGUCGUCAUGAGCGAUCAAAAGGACAGUAUGGCCACCACCGUUGCUGUCAGUCCUAGUGAAUAUCUUCAGCCCUCAACCACCACAUCUCAAGAUUCUCAGCCAUCACCUUUAGCUCUGGCCGCCACUUGCAGUAAGAUCGGCCCACCUGCAGCCCAAGCUCCAGCCAGCGCUCCACCGGCCCAGCCGACCACGCGCCGCCUUCACCCCAUCAAACCUGCUCCCAUUGCUCCAGCUCCACCCAAAAACCUGGGCUUUCUGUCGGCCAAAGGAAAUGUCAUUCAGCUCCCUGCAGGCGUGGGUUCUUCAGGAUCCAGUCCCAUCCUCCUGACUAUUCAGCCCUCAACUCGCCCAGCCGGGGCAACUACUGCCAACAUUCAGUACCAAGUGGUGCCACAGAUCCAAGGAGCUCAGACCAUUCAGAUGGUACCUCAGGGUGGACAGAUACAGAUAAUUCCUGGGACCAACCAGGCGAUCAUCACCUCACCUGUUACAGUGCAGGCUGCUUCUCCCACUCCAGCACAGAAAACAGUCCCCAUUAAGCCAUCAACGCAAAAGCGGCGGCAGAACAGCACGAACAUCUCACCCGCCACGAACGUGGUGUGUCUGCCUAGUGGACUUGCUCUGCCUCUCAACGUUGCUACGGGUGAAGUCGGUGCAACUCAGAUCAUCACGGAGUCGGCAGGUGCCUCGCCUCGGCCAGUAAAGGGAAAACGUGGGCGGAAGAGACUGGCUGCUGUGGUUUCUCCUGCUCCUCCACCUGCCUCGCCCCCACCCAUUGCGGAACAGAUGGAAACGGUGCUGAUAGAAACAACAGCUGAAAACAUAAUUCAGGCAGGAAACAAUCUCCUGAUUGUGCAGAGUCCGGGCGGGAGCCAGCCUGUGGUGCAGCAGGUGCAGUUGGUUCAGCAGAAAUCAGAACAGCAGGUGGUGCAGAUACCACCUCAGGCUCUAAAAGUGGUACAAGCUGCCUCUGCAACACUCCCCCCUGUGCCCCAGCGAGUGCCAGCCACCCCCAGUGUUCAGAUGGCUCCUUCAGAACCCACCCAGGUAUUGAUUAAAACAGCUUCAGGUGAAUGGCAGGCAGUACAACUGCAGGAGACUAUCGUAACCACUCCAUCCUCGCCCCCUACCACUCCUGUCACGUCGGCUGCGGUGAGCAAGAGAACCCAGCCAGGGGCACGAAAAGAGAGGACUCUGGCCAAGAUCGCCCCUGCUGGUGGUGGUCUAAUUACACUCAAUGCAGCACAGCUCACUUCAGCGGCUCAAGCCGUGCAGACCAUCAACAUUAACGGCGUACAAGUACAAGGAGUCCCUGUCACCAUUACCAAUUCAGGGGGACAGCAGCACCUGACGGUACAGACGGUCCAGGGAGGCGGGCUUCAGCUGGGUAACCUUCAGACGCAGGAGCAGCAGCUCAAGGAGCAGACCCUCACUCUGGAGCUCCAGAGCCAACCAGGAGAGAAGAAACGGCGCAUGGCCUGCACCUGUCCCAAUUGCAAAGAUGCAGAGAAAAGGCCAGGAGAGGUUGGGAAAAGGAAACACAUUUGCCAUAUAGUAGGUUGUGGGAAAACCUUCCGGAAGACGUCGCUGCUGCGAGCACACGUGCGGUUGCAUACGGGGGAGCGGCCUUUUACCUGCAGCUGGGUCUUCUGCGGGAAGAGCUUCACACGCAGCGACGAACUCCAGAGACAUGCCAGGACGCAUACAGGAGACAAGCGUUUCGAAUGUUCGAAGUGUCAGAAGCGGUUCAUGCGAAGCGACCACCUCACGAAGCAUUACAAAACGCACCUGAACACAAAGAACCUGUGAACUCGGCUUUCCAAAACGACAGAAAACCUUCCCCUGGGGAAAAAAAGAGCAGGGAAUUGAGUCAGGGUGUAAAUGGAGGAGAAAAACUGUCUCCCCUCGUCCAAAUCGCUCACACACACACACACACACACACACACAAACACAUACACGCGUGUGUGUGUGUGUGUGUGUGUGUGUGUGUGUGUGUGUGUGAGUGAGAUCCAGUCCAGGUUCUGCUGUGUAGGUGAUCUGGACGAGACCACGCUCCUCUUGUCUCAUUUUCAGCUCAUCCUGUUUGUCCUGGACGGCUGGUUGUGUAUCCUGAGGAUCCAGAAAGACUUGUAGGUUUAAGUCUAUUUGUUCUGCAAGAAUGCAGAGUGUGUGUGUGUGUGUUUGUGUGUUGUAUCUCAGACAUGAAUUGCAGCAUCAACAAAGUACUCCAACCAAGAAUCUCAUUUCUUUUCUCUCUCUCAGUGUUUUAGAGCAGUUUUAUUUUGUCACGCCUUUUGACUGGUGUGUAAGCAGCUCAUGGACAGCUUUUAUUCUGUAAAAGUUUGCAUAUAUUCAAACGU